GGAAGUGCAUCCGGAGUACAAACUGAGCCAAACCACAAUGCAGACCACCGCUGUGCAGACCCCUGAUGAACGACAGAGCAACAGGGAUUUUCUUCUGCACUUUAAGAAGUGAAGAGAUGUCAGGAGAGAGUGUGGUGAGCUCGGCAGCGCCAGCUGCUACAACAAGGACUACAUCCUUCAAGGGCUCCAGCCCGAGCUCUAAAUAUGUGAAAUUAAAUGUGGGCGGGGCUCUGUACUACACUACAAUGCAGACAUUGACUAAACAAGACACAAUGCUCAAAGCCAUGUUCAGUGGCAGGAUGGAAGUCCUGACCGACAGUGAAGGUUGGAUCUUAAUUGAUCGCUGUGGGAAACAUUUUGGAACAAUCCUAAACUACCUUAGAGACGGCGCAGUUCCACUUCCAGACAGCAGACGAGAAACUGAGGAACUGCUCGCAGAGGCAAAGUAUUACCUCGUCCAAGGCUUAGCCGAUGAAUGCACUGGUGCCCUGCAGAACAAGGAAACAUAUGAGCCCAUGUGUAAAGUGCCUCUGAUGACAUCAUCCAAGGAGGAGCAGAGGCUAAUUACAACAUCAAAUAAGCCUACUGUGAAGCUGCUGUAUAACAGAAGCAACAACAAGUAUUCAUAUACCAGCAAUUCAGACGACAACAUGCUGAAAAACAUUGAGCUGUUCGACAAGCUGUCGCUGCGCUUCAACGGCCGUGUUCUCUUCAUUAAAGAUGUGAUUGGAGAUGAGAUCUGCUGUUGGUCGUUCUACGGCCAGGGUCGUAAGAUUGCUGAAGUUUGCUGCACCUCAAUUGUUUACGCUACAGAAAAGAAGCAAACAAAGGUUGAGUUCCCUGAGGCGCGCAUCUAUGAGGAGACCCUCAACAUUCUCCUGUAUGAGUCUCACGAUGGCAGAGGUCCAGACAAUGCUCUGCUGGAGGCCACAGGGGGGGCUGCGGGACGAGCUAGUCAUCUAGACGAGGACGAGGAGCGAGAACGAAUUGAACGAGUUCGUAGGAUUCAUAUCAAACGACCUGAUGACCGCACACACCAUCACCAGUGACCCUCCUAGAUCGACCUGUCGGCCUGUGUCCCUGACCAGUUUUUUUUUCACCACGCUUGUGCCUUACAUCACCUAGCGCCUCUUUUUGAUCACUUCUCUCCCCCUCUUUAUUUUGACCAGCUCUCUUAAAAAGACUUCUAGGAGUACAGUCAUGCAACAGUGUGUAGUGCUGAUGUGCAGGUUUUUGUUGUGAUGUGGCAGGCUGUGGUGGUUGAGUCACAGUCACUCCUAUCACCGUUCUCUGCUGGUGUGCCGAAGUUUGUGUACAUGGAUGUGUACAGUUGUUUGUUCCAGUUCCAAUAUCAAUAGAUCAUGUGAAAACUACAUUUACAGAUCACUGUUUCCCCAACACUGAUAUU